UGAUCUUACAGCGAUAUGAUUGGCGGUGAUAACAUAUUAAAAUCCAGCGAACCAGCUCAUUUCCUUCUCAUUUCUCGUUCGAUUCUCGUUAAACUCGGGACUUUGCCAUCGGGCGAUGAACAGGAGAUCAAUCUAGACAUGCUGAACAACAUUCGAACUAUCGUGCGUUCUGCCGUAGCGGCAGUCAUGAAGAACACUCGGGUCGACGUGCACGUGCGCCAAGGAAAGUUACGUGGCAUCGUGGAGGAAAAUGUCCACGGUGGCUACUUUACCGCAUUCCGCGGGAUACCGUACGCACAACCGCCGGUCGGCGAACUUAGAUUCCGCGAUCCUCAACCAGCGGAACCAUGGGACGGCGUACGGGACGCCUCGAAGUUCGGGCAGGCCCCUCUGCAGGUAAACCUGUUCACGCGCCAGUUAGACGGUUCCGAGGACUGCCUCUACCUGAACGUGUACACCACGGACGUCGAGCCGACGUCGGGGAAACGUCCCGUAAUGGUGUGGUUGUACGGUGGCAGUUACACCAACGGCUCCGGUGAUGAUUUCAUGUACGGACCCGACCAUAUCGUCCGAAAAGACGUGGUGCUGGUGACGCUGAAUUACAGACUAGGCGCGUUCGGUUUCCUGAAUCUAGGGAACGACGUGGCGGGUGGCAACCAAGGUCUGAAGGACACGAUCAUGGCAUUACAGUGGGUCCGCGAUAAUAUAUCAAACUUUGGUGGAGAUCCAGAAAACGUCACUCUUUUCGGUGAAAGCGUCGGCGCAGCCAUAGCGCAUUAUUUGACCAUGAACCCGUUGGCUGACGGUUUAUAUCACAAAAUGAUUAUGCAAAGCGGCACAAUGCUAUGCCAGUGGGCUUUGGCCAUACCGGGAUUGCCGUUCAAGAAAGCUUUACAACUUACCGAGAAACUCGGAAAACAGACCACAGAUCUGAGGGAGGCCGGCGAGUUUCUCAAAACGGUCGACGCAAAUACAAUCCUAAACGUUUCACAGACGCUCUUGUCCACCUACGAAAACCGACAGUUCCUACUCUCGUUUCUCCCAGAUGAGGACUUCAGGUCGCCGAAUCCGUUCUUUUCGGAGAAGCCGCUCGUGCUGGCGCGCCGCGGAAUUAAAGUGCCACUCCUGCUUGGUUAUACGAGUAACGAGGGGAGCUUCUUCACACGCAAUCUGAGUGACAAGGCUGUUCAAAUGGUCAAUUCCAAUUUCGAGAAUACUGUACCAAGCAGAAUUAUGGCUGAUCUAAGGAAAAAAUCGAUAACGGCCGAAGAUAUACGAUAUCUGUAUUUCGGUAACAAAUCGCUGACGAAGGAAACUUUGAAGCAUUACACUGAUUAUAUUUCCGACCUGCUCUUUUACCGUCCCAUUCAAGAGCUGGCCAAUAUACAAAUGCAGAUAGGACACGAUUCGACGUAUUUAUACAAAUUCUCAUACGACAAUAGAGAAUGCUUGUUGAAGAAGAUGAUGAACAUCACCGAUCGAGGGGUGACUCACGUCCAGGAGUUAUUUUAUUUAUUUUAUCCUUACGUAAUGAAACAGUUUGAUAUACCACCGUACGCACUCGACUCAGAAGAUUACAAGACGACAGACCGCUUCACGCAGAUGUGGACGGACUUUGCUAAAACCGGGAACCCGACACCUGCUGUUACGGAUUUGAUUCCGACUGUGUGGGAACCGCUGCAAGCAGGACAGAUGUACAAUUACUUGGAUAUUGAUAAAGAACUGCAAAUGAAAAUCGACCGUAAAGGCGAGCAACGUUGCGACUGGGAGAAGAUAAAAAGCAAGCUUUAAAAUUUUCGGCUCGCUAGAAUUCUAAAGCGAAAUUAGAUUUUUAACUUUUUGAGAUUAAUUACGAUAUAAAAGUAACAAUAAGCGACGUCGUAUUUCGAAUUUUACUUUUUGUAACGAAUUUUUUUAAAUAUUACUAGAAUGUACUUUACGGUAUGAAAUCAUUAUAUGAUACGACGAAAUCAUAGUUUACGAUUAUUAAUAGAACCGUAUAUAGUUUUAAUUAUCAGUCGAUUAUAAUCACAGAUUGAUCUUGUUGUUUAUUCUUACGGGUUAUCAAGCAUAUGAUACACUUUCUUAUUUUUGUGUGCAGAUUUCUUCGUAAAUGAAGAAUACGAUAAUUUGUUAUGGUAUGGUAUAUAACACACAGAAAUAUAAAUAUACGAUUACAAAAGA